AUGACAGAGGUCAUAAAUCUCAUCAGUGAUGAGGAAGCUGAAGCGGAAAGUCGUAUAGCAACUUCGAAUCGCUCGGCUGCGCCCGAAUUGGAGUCCCGAAGCGACGUAGCUCAUGACAGGUCUCGAGUAGGCGGGAUCUCAGGCCGUGAAGACCUCAGAGCGGCAUUGACAAGGCUAGAUGCAGAGAUAAAAUCCGUGCAAGAGCAACUCCAUCCUCUCUGGCAGCUCCAUGCGUCGCUCUUGUCCGAGCGCAGACAAUUGGAGUCACAACUCUCCAACUUAUCCCAUUCGAACAUCAGCUCCAGUAGCAAGAGCAAUGACCAUGGCAAAGAUGGAAUCAUCGAUUACCAGAAAUCUGAUCAGCCUUGGUCGGAUACAGUUCAGGGCGUCCUCCAAUCCAGGUUUGGACUUUCCACGUUCCGCCUGUGUCAAGAAGGAGUCAUAAAUGCGGCAAUCGAUGGUCGUGACAUUGUCUGCGUAAUGCCGACGGGAGGAGGGAAGAGCUUGACAUACCAGCUUCCCGCUGUGAUUGGGAGCAAAGGCCUGACGGUCGUCAUCAGUCCACUAUUAGCGCUCAUCUGGGACCAAGUUCGGGCUCUCAAGGAACUGGGUAUAGAGAGUGCAAUGCUGAUUGGGUCCACUAGCAAGGAAGAGCAGAAUGCGAUCUACAAGCGGAUCGAGGGAUCUCAUGAUGGUGCAAGAGAGCUGAAGCCUGAAAAGAUCGCCAAGUCCAAGCGACUCAAAUCGGUAUUAGAAAAGGCGAAUGCGGGAGGCAGACUGAAACGCUUUGUCAUUGACGAAGCGCAUUGUUGCAGCCAGCUUGGUCAUGACUUUCGUCCCGACUACCAAAGGCUAAACGUGCUCAAGACUCUGUUUCCCAGGGUCCCCAUACAGGCUGUCACCGCGACACUGAGCUCAAAGACACUGCCAGACCUUCUCAAGAUCCUGCGACUGCCCCCCAUCUGUGACGGGCGAGCUGCCAACAAGACUGGUACCGUGUUCUUCUCCGCCCCUCUUUUCCGCUCAAAUCUCCACUACCAAGUUCUGCCAAAACCGUCCAAUGCAAAGGCUGCCAUCGAGAAGAUUGGCUCUUGGAUUCAACUGCAUCAUCCGGGUGAGAGCGGCAUCAUCUACUGCUUCAGCAAGAAGGAUGCGGACACAGUUGCCGAAUCCCUCAAAGAGUGGUCAAAUGGCGAGAUAAAGACUGGGGUGUAUCAUGCGGGUAUCGAGGACUGGGAGAAGGAGAAAAUUCAUGUCAAGUGGCGAAAGGGUCGGAUCAACUGUAUUUGUGCAACGAUUGCUUUCGGACUCGGCAUUGACAAGGGAGAUGUGCGGUAUGUGAUUCAUCAUUCUCUGUCCAAAUCUCUCGAGGGCUACUAUCAAGAGACCGGCCGAGCCGGCCGCGACGGUCAAAAGAGUGAUUGUGUUCUCUUCUAUCGUGGGCAGGACGCUUCGAGAUUGGCCACAAUGGUCUACAGUGACGUUGAUGGUCUCGGCAAAUUGCAGGAGAUGAUCAAGUUUGCACAAGACCUGCUGACCUGCCGAAAGAUUGCCUUUGCCAAAUACUUCUCAGCAAGCUCGCACCUUUCGGCAGCGGCCUGGGAUCAUUCCGACACUCUAGGCGCUUCAGGAGGUACAGUAUCGACGUGUGGUAUCUGUGACAAUUGUAUUCGUGAUCCUACAUCGAUCAUCACCAAGGAUGUCACCCUCGACGCCUGGAAAUGCCUCAAAGUCCUUCAGAAUGUCUCAUCCAAUGAAGGCAGGGUGACACUGGCGAAUCUCGUAGAAUUGGUUCGCGGACUGGGCGGAGGGGCAUUUGGUACUAUGAAGCAGGGCAAACGUGGCGCGCGCAAGUCUAGCGGAGAAAAGGCCAGCUUGGAUUUAGAGUCUGUUGCUGGCGGCAAGGUGACGCUGUCGAAAGACGACGUCGAGACUCUCCUUGUGCACCUUUCCACAAUGGGUUAUGUGUCUGAAUACUUUGCGGGAACAGCAUACUCUGUGAAUGUCUAUGUGCAACCUGGACCCAGGGCCAUUCGGCUCACUCGAUUGUCCGCAGAGGACGUCGAAGCUGGUCUUGCAGCCGAAAUAGAGUGUACAUUUCUGAAUCUUAAAGCGAGGGUUGUCAAGCGCAAGGCGACGAGCAAAAAGGAAGGCAAGAAAACAUUGGUGGAUAUUUCCGAUAACGACGAUAAGAAUGAGAACGUUCCUCAGGACGAGGAUGGCGGCCAAGGUCUGAAUGAUUCGAAUGUCAUCGACGACUUAGACGAAGUGUUUGAUGAUGACGACGACUGGGACAAUGAGGGCUGGGAAGUGACCAAAGGUGCGGCAGGAGGUCGGCGACCUGACAAGAAGGCGAAGAUGAAAUGA